GAGGCGGCAGCCCAGUCCAGGACAAGAGGCGAGUCUCGCUGCCGGCCACCACUGCACUGGCUGCCGCGGCGCCCGACGUGUCUGGUUGUUCACCAGACUGCCAGUUUGGUGAGGUUAUUUCGACAGAAAAGUUCCUUACUUGGCCCGACACCUUAGACCUUCCGCCAUGUUCUGCAGAGGCUUUAGUUGGUUCGUCCGCAUUUUUGUGGCAGUAGUCAUAUCUACUGGCUGCAGCCACCCAGUUUCUGUUACAGAAUUCUAUACAGAAGUAACUGCACAUAGUUUAACAACCAACAAAGAAGCCCUCACAGUGGGACGAGUUCAGGAGGCUGAGGAAGCCACAGCCGAGGACCUGGGAGCCCUGCUGGACGCCGGGGACGGCGCUGUGGUGACUCUGCUGGCCGGCGACACGCGGCUGGUGGCGCACAGGGCUGUCUUGGCCGCCAGGAGUCCCGUGUUUGCUGGCAUGCUCCGUCGUCUCACCUUAGAGGCCAGCAGCAGCAGCCAGCUCACACUCUCGGACACAGAGGGCCCUGUGCUGCGCCAGGUGCUGGCCUACCUCUACACCCUCCAGCCCCUGCAGCUGCCAAGCAUGGCCCCACAACUGAUGGUCGCAGCCGACAAAUACGGCUUGUCAGUACUGAAGGCGCACUGCGAGCAACAGGUGGCCUCACAGCUGUCUGUCGAGACUGCGGCAGCCACAGGUGUUCUCGCGAUUAGACACUCUGCUAACAUGCUGAAGCAGGCCGCCGUCGCCUUCAUAAAGUCCCACUUGCUCCGUGUGGUGGCGACGCAGGGCUGGGGUGAGGCUGUAGUCAACGACCCACAAACUGUUGUGGAGUUGACUCACCUGAUUGCAGAGACGCCAACAGACACCAGCACGCCGAGCGCUGGAGAGAGCAGGACCGGCCCCUCCUCGCAGCCGCACAGUGGCCACAGCGACGACGGCCGGAGCCCAGCCACAGCUGUGCCCCCCACCUCUCCCCAGGCCACUCCACAGCCUGAUGACGCCGCCGACUCUCACCUGCGUCUUUCAGUUAUGGAACACCUCAUUCAGUUACUUCAGGACAACCCAGUGCUGUACAACACCAGUCAUCCGGACUACAUGCAGAAUAAACUGAAGGACGAAAUAUGGAAGAAGGUUGCAGAGGAAUUACAUUACAGCAAUUGUCAUUUCCGCUGUAAGUCUCCUCGCACGCUGAUGAGGAGAAGUUGGACGUGCCGCUUCUGUACGGCGAAUGUCGAAGAAAUGCUGUCGAGAUGGCAGGGACGGCCAUCCCGAUCGACGCUGCCCGUCGCGUGAGGCACCCGCACGAAUUAUGAGGCCAGCAGCGUGAGCGGGCGGUCCCGGCGCCAGGCGGUCGUUCAGCCCGCGGUGCGUCGUGCCGGGGAACGCGGGAUCGGCCAGGCGAGUGUCAUCCGCAUCUCGCAUCGAUACAAAAAUCCACCCUCGUCGGCUGCCACUGCAUCAGCCGCCCGGAGGACGUGAUUUCGAACGUCGUGCAGAAUUUUGCCGCUUUGCUCUGCGGCGCCUGGGACGUGACACUGCGAUUUUCCAACGUGUUACCCGUUUACCGAGGAAGCGACGCUCGCGAACGGCAGUAAUGUAGAUUUACGUAACGUGCACUGCUGGCCAGCUCAAAGCCCACGCUGGCCCCGUCACGCACAGCACCGACGACCGUGGAGCGUAAACGCGUGGUGCGGCGCCGUAGGAAACUCCACCGUGAGUUCUCACGUCAUCACAGGGCUGUUGAACAGGCACCCGUCUCUACGAACACUCCGUCUCUUCUCCUGGAAGACGGACCGCUGGAUAAGAGUCAGCGUGCGUGGUUCCGACACGACGGCUGCCCAGCUCGGUCAUCCGAUAGGAAG